UCCAAAACAACAAAACGUAAAAAGCGUAUCGUUCCUUAAUGUUCUGAAAAUCUCUCUGGUUUUCUUCUCUGCAUUGCUUCUUAUUCGAUCAUGGCGUUGAAGAAAACUUUAGCUCAACGUCUAUUCAAUAUCACAAAGUGCUCUGCACAAACUCUAAAGAACUGCCGUGUUUCUUCUGCUUUGGUCCAAAACCGACUGCCUCAGAACCCGAGUACGGCCAACAUUGCCCCGGAUCCAGGAGAUAACGGAAUAUUCCGUCGUUUCCUUCACAAGAAAGCCAUGUUCCAGCCCAAGAUCUCGCUGGAGCUCCACUCGAUCCCAAUCGGAGCUAAUCUGAUGGAGAAGCUCCGGGAGAUGGACUUUUCGAGAGACCGGAUCCGGUUGAACGAGCUUGCUCCGCCUGCCAAAUCCGAGAUGCCGGCGGAGAUGGCAGGGUUGACAGUUGAGGAUGCGAGGAAGUUGAUGACGGUUGCUCAGAUGGAAAUGGUGAAAUCAAGGCUGAGAGAGAUCGAAAAAUGCUGGAUAUCGUAUAAGGAGUAUGUUCGGAUAUGCGUAGAAGGCUGUUCCGAUCCGGAACAAGGAUCACAAUUGGCGAAAAAGCUUGACGAGUCAGGAAAUGUUAUCGUUCUGGGAAACCUAGUGUGUCUCCGACCCGAGCAGGUGACAAGAGCAAUGGCGAGUCUUCUUCCUUCACGGGAAAUUGAACCAAAUGAUCCAAGAUUGAGGGAAUUCGAAGAGCUGAAAUCCCAGAAAGCUGAAAUCGAUAGGAAGGCCGAGACCCUUGUGCGGCGCGAGCUCUGGGGCGGACUGGGCUACCUGGUGGUCCAGACCAUCGGGUUCAUGCGGCUGACGUUUUGGGAACUUUCAUGGGACGUAAUGGAACCCAUUUGCUUCUACGUUACCUCCGUGUACUUCAUGGCCGGCUACGCCUUCUUCCUCCAGACAUCCAAAGAACCUUCCUUCGAAGGAUUCUACCAGAGCCGGUUUGAUUCGAAGCAGAAACGUCUCAUGAAGCUUCAGAAUUUUGACAUUGAUAGGUAUAAUGAGCUCCGCAAGAUAAUUGGUGCUUCUGAUUUCCAUGAAAAGAGCGUCAAGAUUUGAGGUUUGGGCCAUUGAUUUGAAAAUACAGAAAUACAGAGAAAGAAGAAGAAAAAAAAAAACUGUAGCAGUUAUAGUAAUAAUAUUAAUGAUAACAGUAAUAAUAAUAAUAAUAAAAUAAUAUAAUAGUAUGGACCGUAAAAGAGAGGAUGCAAUUUUGUGUGCCGGGGCAUUCUCGAUUAUUGUGGCGUUGUAGAAGAAUGUAGAUGCGGCUUUUAAAUUUUGUUAUGUAACAUUAUGCUGAGAGUUGAGAGAGAAGCAGUAGUCAGGAAUUAUACAUGUAAAGAGGCAGCAAGCAGCGUAGUUUAUAAAAACUACUGUAUGAAUGGAGGCAGCUUUCUUUACAUAAUGGUUUGUAAUAUUAAUGGAGUUCGAAUAAUUUACAUUCAAAA